GUCAAUUUGAGGGCCAGAGGCGGAGGGUGGCGGCUGAGCUUAGGAGUCCGCUAGUCUGGCAAGUGAGCAGCGGGGCGCGUGUGGCUGGCGGCAGCGGAGCCGGCCCGAGCGCGCCGCGCAGCAGCCGCCUCCGUCCUGGGCGCGGGCGGCAGGAUGGAGCUGAACUCCCUGCUGCUGUUGCUGGAGGCAGCCGAGUACCUAGAGCGCCGGGACCGAGAGGCCGAGCACGGCUACGCCUCGGUGCUCCCCUUCGACGGUGACUUCACCAGGAAGAAAACAAAGGCGGUCGGCCUGGUGCGCAAGGCCCCGAACAACAGGUCUUCACACAACGAACUAGAAAAGCACAGACGAGCCAAGCUCAGACUCUACCUGGAGCAGCUAAAGCAGCUGGUGCCUUUGGGCCCAGACAGCACACGCCACACCACACUGAGCCUCCUAAAGCGCGCCAAGAUGCACAUCAAGAAACUGGAGGAGCAGGACCGCAGGGCACUGAGCAUCAAGGAACAGCUACAGCGGGAGCAUCACUUCUUGAAACGGCGCUUGGAGCAGUUGUCGGUGCAGAGCAUGGAGCGCGUGCGUACGGACAGCACUGGCUCUGCUGUCUCCACAGAUGACUCAGAGCAAGAGGUGGACGUAGACGGCAUGGAGUUUGGGCCAGGUGAGCUGGACAGUGUUGGCAGCAGCAGUGACGCCGAUGAGCACUGCAGCCUGCAGAGCAGCGGCUGCAGCGGUGGGGGCUACAGGCGCCCUUGUAGGCGACCUGGUCGCCCCAGCCUCUUGUAGGCCUUGCUUCCUGUGUUCCCUGGCCUACCCACCUGCUUGGCCAGCCGUGGCAGCCCUCCAGUCCUCCCUCAGCUGACGCCAGCCUCUCUGUGGGCCCAGUGCUGGGCCAUGUUGGAAGCUCCAGCUGCCACCUGCCUGGGCUGCCAGUCUGUGCCCUCCUGGUCCAUAGGCAGGGCCCCCACAAGAAGGUGGGGCCUGGCACCCACCACCCGGAGCCCAGCGUAGCUGCCCACGUCUGUCCUCCGAUUCUUAAUCAUUCCAGAAGUAUUAAAUGUCAUUGCCGCAAACCUCAGUGGGCACCGUGUACGGGGCCUCGUGACCACCUUGGGGAGCCCAGCCCCAGUGCCAGAUGCCAGGAGGAAGGAGUGGACGAAAGAAAGAAGGAAGGUGCGCCUGGCGGUUGUCCUCGCAGCUCCUACAGUGCGGACAGCGUGGAAGGCUCUGCACCAGGCUGGACUUGGGUGAGCACGCUGGGGCGUGCGGGCAGAGAGGCUGGGCUGCCUGUGCCAAGCUGGGCAGUUUCUGUUCUGUUAGGACUGGCAGAUGGGUACAUGCAGCCAGGCUGGCAUCAGCACAUGCUCGCACAUGCAGAUGCGUGGGCCCUCAGAGGGCAGAUGUCCCAAGAGGCUGGCCUUCGGGGGUCACUGAGGCCAGUGCUGGCCCUGUGUCGUCUGCACAGGUAUUGGGCUUCUCUUCCCUGCAAAGCCUGGGAGGGGCUAGGCCAGCAGCUGAACCACUGGCUUCUCAGCUUUCUCAUCUCCCGCUUUCUUUUUUUUCUUUUUUUUUUCCCCUCUUUCUUUGUAACUUUUUGCAGUACUGGGGAUUGAACUAGGACCUUCA